AUGGAAGAUGAAAAAAUGGAUGAAGUAAUGCUGCCAGGAUUUCGGUUUCAUCCGACGGACGAAGAAUUAGUUGGAUUUUAUCUAAGAAGGAAGAUUCAGCAGCGGCCUCUCUCCAUUGAACUUAUCAAGCAAGUAGACAUUUACAAAUAUGAUCCAUGGGAUCUUCCAAAGUUGGCAAGCACCGGCGAGAAAGAAUGGUACUUCUACUGUCCAAGAGACCGCAAAUAUAGAAACAGUGCAAGGCCUAAUCGAGUAACUGGAGCUGGCUUCUGGAAAGCAACCGGAACUGACCGGCCGAUCUACUCCUCCGAGUGUUCCAAGUGCAUAGGUUUGAAGAAAUCCCUUGUCUUCUACAAAGGCAGAGCUGCCAAAGGGAUCAAAACAGAUUGGAUGAUGCAUGAGUUUCGAUUACCUUCCAUCACAGACUCUAAAAGAUUCGUAGAAAAAAGCAUUCCACCCAAUGAUUCAUGGGCCAUAUGUAGAAUCUUCAAGAAACCAAACUCCACUGCACAGAGAGCUCUCUCUCAUUCUUGGGUGUCUCGACUACCUGAAACCACUGCAUCUGAUAUGCUAACCCAACAAGCUCAUAGUCCUAGUCAGUUCAGUAGUACUAUAACAGAUAAUAUUUCACUGACCACAAAAAUAAAUUCAACCACCCAAUUUGGGUAUAACCGUGAUUUACAACACUCAUAUCUGACUAGUUUCUCUCCCCUAGAUGUUCAUCCCUACAAACCAAUCAACAAAUUUACUGGUAACCCUUCUCAGGUUUCCAUUUCAAAGGGAGACCUGCCAGAAAGCGGCCAUACAUUUUCAUCACCGGAGACAUCCGAAAAAGGACAGUCCUGUGCAGAAGACUCAUCAUAUGAUGUUUCUUCUUUUAUGCUAAAUAUGUCUUCCUCUAUAUUCGGAGAUAUCGGCAAGGCCUCUGAGAGUAUAGAUUACAGAGAGCUGCAAGAUCAGUAUAACUGCUUCAUCACUCCAACGCCGGAAAUGCAAGGGAACCUACAGUGUCAUGGAGAAGAAACAACGUUCGCAAAUGACAACGAGACGAACAUGACACAAUUUGCUGACCAGUGGGGGGCAUUGAGAUCUGUAGGGUUUCCCUUGGGGUUGCCAUUGAGUAUGCCCGAUGCAUGGAAGUCGAAUUUGCUGUGGGAUUCUUCACCCUGUCCUACUCAAAUGUCCACUAACUAUUCCACAUGCAAUUUUUCUUGA